UUGUUCGAUAAGUUUAAAAAUUAGAAAGAAUAUUCGAACGUUUUAAAUUCCAAAUUCAAGUUCUUUAAAAAUAAGUUAGAAAGUUAAACACAGAGUUUAUCAAAAUGAUAAAGAUUAGCGUCAUUUUAUAUAUAUCUGGAAUUUUUUACGAAAUCGAAGCAAGCUUAAGUCAAUUGUAUAGAAAUAGUACUAUUGAAGAAAACAGAGAAACAAAAUAUAAAAAGCUGAACACAGAUUUCAAAACUGUGGAGAAAUUUUCUAUGAUUAAAUAUAAUGGAUUUACUCAGGACGAAGAAAAUGGUAUAUUAAGUAUGCAUUCUUUGAGUAGAUUCAUGCCUCCUAAUCAACCCCUUCCUUCUAAUAUGGUUAAACUGGUAUGGAAUGAGGCACUAGCAAAAAUAGCCAAAGACUGGGGUGACUAUUGUACACUUGAUUUUGGCCCUCGUGAAUGCGAAAAUAUUUUUAGUCAGAACAGAGGGUUUUAUAACGAAUCCGGCUCUUUUGAAGAUGUUUUGCGUACAUGGUUUAAUGAAAAAUCUUAUUACGUUUAUGCCACUAACGAAUGUAAACUGUCUUGUGACAGAUACAAACUGAUGGUUUGGGCUGAAGCUCAUUCUAUAGGCUGCUCGAAGUCAAAAUGUAAAAUAGAAAGAAGAACAAAGUAUUUAGUGAUAUGUAACUAUUAUCCACCUAUGAAAGAUAUGAGUAUACGACCAUACAAAAAUGGGACUAGAUGCUCUGGUUGUGAUCUCACAUUAUAUAAAUGCGGUAGAGAAUUUUGUGAAAAGAAAAGUAUACAGAUACCCGAAAAAGAACUUAGUGAAUGCAACACGCUAACAACUACUAUAGGACCUACAACAGAACAUUAUUGUGAAUCCUACUGUAAAAAUUAUUGUAAGUCUCUUAAAAAGACAAAAAAUGAUAUGAAGUACGUUUUAACUUUAUGAUUCUUAAUGAAAAUACAUGAAAAACGGAAAGUAAUUUUAUUAUAAUGUUGCUGUUUUGUGAGCUUUAUGUAAUGUAUAAGACCGAUUCAAUUUUUGCUUAUUUUGAGCAAGUUAAAACUGCAUUGGUGUCAACUGAUAAAGGCGAGAGACAAGAGCGAUAUUCGACUUGAACUAU